CAGUGUGACGUCAUGGAAAGGCGACGGUUGCUAUGGAGACGGCGGCGGCGGUUGCUAGGGUCCCGGCUCGCGGUGCGUGCUGAGCGCGGCCCAGGCCCCACCGCCCCGCGUGGUCCCACACGCCGAUUCCAACAGAGGGAAAACAUGAACGAGGUAAAGGAUACCCUAAAAGUCAUAGAAGACAACUACAAACUCUUCCUGCAGCAGCAGUUCACGUUUGUUGGAGCUCUGCAACACACCCGAGAGAAUGCACACGACAUGAUCAGACCCGUGGCAAGCAUCAGCCAGGUACAGUCCUACAUGGACCACUACUGUAACAACUUAACGGACAGGCGUAUCCUCACCAUGUUCCUAAACAUCUGUAAUGACCUGAGCAAUCUCUGCCACAAGCUGGAAACUGUACAUCCUGGUAACAGCACAACCAAUGAAAUUUUGGAAAGAUGCAAGCUGCUCCUUAACCACAGCAAUGAUCUGAGCACCAUCCGAGCUAAAUAUCCUCACGAUGUUGUGAAUCACCUGAGCUGUGAUGAAGCAAAGAAUCACUUUGGAGGUGUGGUGAGCCUCAUCCCCGUUGUCCUAGAUGGCGUGAAGGAGUGGCUGUCCCACACUGAGAAGCUGCCACGGCGCAUGCUGUGUAACGUGAGUGAUAGAAGUGCUGUUGCUGAGAAGAGGGCACCCCAGGAUGCAGCAUCUAGGGCAGCCAUCUCCCCCAAAACACCUUCUGUCCACCCUGAAGCUCAGACCUCAGUUAGUAACAAAGAUUGUGUACAAGUGCAGGGGAAUAAGCAUGUCAGAAAGAAGCACAUGACUGACAGAGAAAAUCACUGUGAGAAACUUAAAGGCCCCUGGAAACCACCUGGCAGACAUGCUUUUUAAAGGAUUGAAGUUCUUGUAUCUUCCACUUAACCGCCUUUAAUCAGGUGGCUGAUUAAAGAUAGUGAAAUGAACACUGGAAAUCCAAGAUCUGAAGAGUUAGUCCUGGCAGAUAUAUCUUCCUCUUCCUUGCUGUUACUUCCACUCUCCUCCUGAAAGUCAGAUCUCAACAGAAGCAGCUUUAUCACUCACGGUCCCUUUGACAAGUAUUGUGGUGAGAGUAACAUCGAGGAGCAAUCAUAUUCUAAUCAUACUGGGCUUAUCCCUAAGAUUUCCCCACCCCAGCUGAUCCCAUGGAAAUCACCAGCUUUUUGGACCAAAGAAUCAGUGUCGACAGGACUGUAAUGCCAUUGGCUAUAGGAAAGGUCAGCAUGGUUUAGCUGCAUUGCCCGGGCUCUGCUAGGUCCUUGCAGAUCCUCACACCAUCACCAGUAACACCAACCAGAACAUUUUCCUUAUAUCCAUUGACUCCUUUGCUGUCAGCAGAGCUGGAAAUGUAAAGGAUU